CCUCCUUCACUUUCAGUCUGUUACUGUUUAGCCCUGUUCUAGGUGUGUGUGUGUGUGUGUGUGUGUGAGAGAGACACUCAGAGUGUUAUUAAAUUUAAUCUCGCACGGAUAAACAGUGUUUUCUUGUCAGAAAUUUACAAAGAUUCCCACAAAAGGAGAGCAAAAUGGUGAACUGUGGUCUGUUGACAAACAAGAAUGAGCCAGUUCCCCUAAAGCACAUCGAGGUGGAUCUGCAGGUUCAGGGGCAUGUUGCGGCAGUGACCUCCACCCUGCAGUAUGUAAAUGAGGAAGAGCGCCCCCUGGAGGCUGUGUUUGUCUUCCCCAUGCCUUCAGGAGCUGCUCUCUGCCAAUUCAGUGCCAAGAUUGCAGACCAGGAGAUAGUGGCUGAGGUGCAGGAGAAACAGGAGGCGCGGGAGCAGUACGAUGAUGCACUGAGUUCAGGUGAACAGGCCUUUCUGCUGGAGGAGAGUGAGGAGUCUGCGGACGUGUUCAAGCUGAGUGUGGGCUCUCUGCCCCCAGGCCAGAGCGCUGCUGUCACCUUCGUCUAUAUCACUGAGCUGAGUGUAGAGGCUGACCAUUCGCUGCGUUUCUGCCUGCCUGCGGUGCUCAACCCCCGCUACACACCAUCUGGUACAAGUGCUGGUAUAGUGUCAGAGAUAACAUCUAGUUCCACUGGUAUUCCCUACUCUCUCUCUUUUACUGCACAUGUGAGCUCUCCAAACCCCAUCACUAAAGUGGAGUCCAAAUGUCCUCUAGAGCCCCUGAUGUUCCUCAACACAGACCACACAAAGGCAAAGGUAAGCCUUUGUGCAGGUCAUAUGUUUGACCGAGAUGUUGAGCUGUAUCUAUAUUAUCAGAAUCCCCAUCAGCUCACUGCUAUAGUGGAGGCUGGAGCUCCCACGGCACAGCCAGGAUCUCACAUGGGAGACCCUGUGGUCAUGGUCAGUUUCUAUCCAGAGUUUCCUGAGUCAGUGAUGUCCUCUGUGUCGUCGUGUGGUGAGUUUGUGUUUGUUAUGGACAGAUCUGGCAGUAUGGACUGCAGCAUGCAUAAUGGACCAGAUGCACAAGAACGCAUUGAGUGUGCCAGGGACACUCUGCUCCUGCUGCUGAAGAGUCUCCCCGUGGGCUGUUACUUCAACAUCUAUGGCUUUGGCUCUCACUAUGAAUCCUUCUUUCCGAAAAGUGUACAGUACAGUCAGGACACUAUGGAGCAGGCUGUGAAGAAGGUAAAGGAGAUGCGAGCAGACAUGGGGGGUACAGAGAUUCUGCGACCUCUGGAACACAUUUACAAACAGCCUUGCAUCCCCAACCACCCAAGACAGCUGUUCAUAUUUACAGAUGGUGAAGUAGGAAACACCAGAGAUGUUCUUCACUGUGUGAGGAGCAAUGCUGAUUUCCACAGAUGCUUCUCAUUUGGGAUUGGUGAAGGUGCAAGUUCUGCACUCAUUACAGGAUUGGCUGAGAACAGCUCUGGCCACGCCCAGUUCAUCACAGGAACUGAGCGCAUGCAGGCCAAAGUAAUGCAGUCUCUCCGCUAUGCUUUACAACCAGCAGUGAUUGAUAUCACUGAGGAUUGGAGUGGUGUGUCUUUCACCCGUCUGAGCCCCCCGAUUAAAACACUUUUCCAUGGUCAAAGAGCACUGAUUUAUGCCCAGUUGAAAGGAGAGGAGUGUCAGAAACCAGAUGCUAAGGGGAAAAUAUCAGUGAGGUACCGCCUAGGAGAUCAAGAGGUCUCAAACACUGUCAACUUCUCACUGAAGCCUGCCGAGAAUAGCGGACUGGCCAUCCACAGGCUGGGCGCUCGCUCUCUGAUCCGCUCUCUGGAAAGGGACGAGCAGGAUGAUGGAGCUGAUAAAGAGGCUCUGAAGGCCAGAGUGGUGGAACUGAGUAAGCAGUCUGGAGUGAGCAGCUCACACACGGCCUUCAUAGCUGUCCAUAAGGGCAGCGGACAAGCUGUGAAAGGACCACUGGUGACGAGGAGAAUUCCUACCCCAAUGUUCCUGGGACGUUCACUAGGGUCUGUGCAGUUUUGUUGUGCAGCUGCGCCGAUGACUUCUUUUAGUUACUCAAGGAAGGGUAAGUGCGCAUAACUUUUUUACUCACACUUAUUUUAAUGAAGCUGUGCAUCCAUAAAUAUUUUGCCAGAUUUCAUUGUACAAUGAAUUGGAUGUGUUGAAAUUGCAACUGGACACAGUGACAGCAACGUGGGUCACUAAUUUUGCAGGUAAUAAAAUGUUUAAGAUUGCCAAAUAAAAGUAGAGUGGAAAUCUCAGGACAAAUCUGAACUAUUUUAAAGCAAAAGGGAUAGAUGGAUGGAUGGAUGGAUGGAUGGAUGGAUGGAAAAGUUCAACUUUAUUGUCCAAUGAGCUUAUUCUAAGACUGGCUCAGUGCAAAAUAGUGUCCCAAUACAGUGAUGAGGUGUUGUACAGGACCAGUACUGUAAAGUCUUUAAAGAAGAAUCUGAAAAUUCAGUUUAUUUUUACAUCUAGCUAAAAUAACUGCUAAGCCUAAACUCUUCCGGUUGUUAAUGGAUAUAAAAUCUUUACACACCCCUGUUAAAAUGGCAGGUUUUGUGAUGUAAAAAAAUUAAAGAUAAAUCAUGUCAAAACUUUUUCCACCCUCAGUGUGAAAUUACAACGUAUAAAAAUUAGUAUUUAAUGUUAGUUAAAGUAACCUUAAUGUAAUGUGUUAUCCAUAUCUCUUCUGAAUAUUUUAUAACAUAUUUUCUUUCUUGGAUUGAAUAAACAUUAAUCAGUGCAGGUGUAUUUUAUUAACA